AUGCAACACACCCUCUUCAAACCAAACACACACAACUCCCACAGCCCAACCCACGGCCCAAAAUCCCACAAACUUCAACUUGCCUCCCUCCUAACCAGCAUCCUCCACCACAUCCUCGCCCCAACCGACUACCUCCCAUGCACCACCUCCGCCCUCUCCACCCGCCACUCCCACCCAGCCUACAACCCGCCGCCCGAACAAAAGCACACUGUGCUCGUCGACGACGAAUUUGUCCUUGUUGAUGAGGAGAGGGGGCUGGAUGGGGGGCCGAUUUGCCGCGAGGGUGUUAUUGCGGGGUGGUGGGGUAGGGAGGGGUAG